AUGAAAAGUGGAUAUUUGAAAACAACCCCAUUUCUGGCAUAUAUUUCAGGUCUCCUUUCACUCUCCAUCAUCCCACACCAAGAGCUUCGCUUUCUAAUCCCUAUUAUUCCAUUGGCAUGUUGUUGUGUUAAUUUAAAUGGCUCACCUCGUUUUGUGCAGUUAGUUAUCAGGCUUUGGCUCAUAUUCAAUGUUUUUAUGACAAUACUUAUGGGAUUUUUGCAUCAGGCUGGUCUUGUUGGCGCUACUAACUAUCUAGGAACAACGCUUGACAAUGAAAAUUCUGUCAAACCAUUUUCAUUGAUUUAUUGGAGAACUUACAAACCUCCAACAUGGUUGUUGAAAACAUAUCAGAAUACCUAUAACGGUACGGAUAGUAAUAUGGUGUUUUUCAAUAAGGAUGAAGAUGAUCUUUUAAACGCAGAUUAUUCCUUGAUAGAAGGUGAUUAUGUAGUGGAUUUUAUGGGAUUAGAAGCAGACAAGUUUAUUGAGACCGUUUCCAGAAUAGUGAAUACCAAUCCAAAUGAAAGAAGAUUAUAUCUCGUGGCUCCUGAUAACUCAAUGAUGAAUCUCGAAGAGAACGAAAAUGUCCGAUUCAACUUUAUCGAACUUUGGUCGACCAAAUGGCACUACGAUUUGGACCAUUUCGAACCCAAUAAGUUUGGAAUAAAAACUUUUACCCCUGGAAUUACAGUGUAUAAGUUGACACAGUAUUAA